AUGAAUGAAACCUGGAAAGAAAUUAAGGCUCUCAGUAAGGAUGUGGAGUUUGUGUGGAUGCAGUUCAUCCCAUUUCAUGGCGCAAUGCGAGUGAGAAUGAUUCCGAUCUCGGAAUUUGCCAGAAUGGUUGAGAAUGGGCAGACAAUCAGCAUCGCAGGAGUUACAACACACGCUCUACGAAACGAUCAUAUCGCAAAGGGCGCAAGAGCAACAAGCGCAAUUCACCUUGUUCCUGAUAUCGCGACCGCAUCUCGUUCCCCGCGGCGUGCAGACUCCCAUCGGCUCGAGAUCUUUGCCCGGUUUGCUAGAGAGGACGGGAGUCCAAUUCCCGAGUGUCCCCGCGACAAGAUCACGACCCUUACUCGCACCCUUCACGAUCAAUAUGGCGUGUACAUUCUUGUGGGAUACGAAAUUGAGGUGAUUUUUUUGAAACCCGAAGCGAUCACCAGCAGCUCUGAUGCAAAAGCCCCAAUCUCCAACCAUUGUUGGUCGGCAGUCAGUUCAGACGUCCGAUCAGUGCUGCCCUUGGUGGAGGAUGUUGUAAGAGCACUACAUCGAUGCGAAAUUUCAGUUCAACAAUACCACGCUGAAGCCACACCGGGUCAAUGGGAGUUUGUUCUUCCCCCUCGACCGCCACUUGAGGCAGUAGAUACAUUGAUUCGAGCACGAGAGGCCAUCGGAUUGAUUGCUGAGCAACACGGCUUCCGUGCAACUCUACAUCCUCGACCAUAUACCGACCAGGCGGGGACAGGGGCUCAUGUUCAUCUGUCAGUCAACUCAGUUCAAUCCAGGGACUUGGAUGAAAAAGAUCAAUCUAUGCAAACCUGCAAAAUCGACCCAUUCUUUGCCGGCAUCAUCAAUCACUUCUGUUCUUUAAUGGCAUUUUGUCUGCCACUCGAUGAAAGCUAUGCUCGCGUUGCCUCGGGAAUUUGGAGUGGUGGGGAAUUUGUUUCGUGGGGGUGGCAGAACAGAGAAACCCCAUUACGGCGCAUCGCGCAAAACCGGUUCGAGCUGAAAUUGCAUUGUGGGAUGGCGAACCCGUAUGUAUCCAUGGCAGGGCUUUUGGCAGCUGGACUUGAUGGCCUUCAAAGGGGAAUGACUUUGACUGCAGGAGACUGCCAAGAAGUUCCAUCUGAGAUGACAUUGGAAGAGCGUGAAAAGUUGGGUAUUGUCGCUAUGAUCCCACGAAGCUUGAAUGAAAGUCUCGAAUUUCUCAAAAAUGACAAAGCGCUCUCUGAAGUCUUAGGGUGUGAAUAUGUUAACACCUAUGCCUCGGUGGCUGAGGAAUGGAAUAACCAUGUGUUAGGAAUGGAGCUUAAAUGUCGUCGGAAGUGGCUCUUGGAGAAUUAUUGA